ACCAACGUUUCAUGCUACGGAGAUCAUGGAGAUUUGGCAGAUCCAAUUUCUAUGUCUUUAAAUGGUCUCCAGACUACUCCAAACACACAGACUGCCCUAUUAUUCUUGUUUGGGUCACCAUCCACAAUACCCCUCUACACCUUUUUCACCCUCCAGCCCUCUUCACCCUUGCCUCUUGCCUUGGAAGACCCAUUAAACCUGAUGAUAGUACCAUAUCAGGAAAAAACACAAGCCAUGCCAGAGUCUGCAUUGAAGUUGAUUUCUCCCAACCCUUACCUCCGGCAAUACCCCAAAGACCUAUCUCUCCCUCUUUCCUUUGAAAAAACCCCCUCCUUCUGCCAGAGAUGCAAACUCCUUGGCCACUCAGAAUCUGCGUGUAAGAAAAACCAGGUUGUUACCGGAAUCCACAUCGGUGACACGAAAACGGUGGCCACGGACGGGGAAGGGUGGAAUAUUAUGAAGCGCAAACAACCAUCAAAGAAACCCCAACAGCUCCCAGUCCCCAUGCAUACCUGGAAAAAAAAGAACGCCCCCACACUAAAACACACUCCUGGAUUAGUCCAAGAUAAUAUGUCCAAAACCACAGCUCAAAUUAUCUCCUCAAACCCCACCUCCUCUCUAUCCCCUGCUGUACCUAUAUCCUCCACUCCAAAUGUUUCGCCACUCAACACUGUAACCCACACCUCCCAACAACCUAUCAACCCAACCCCUAACCUUUUGGCUGAUCUCAUUAACCUCAUUAACCUGGACCCCACUCCUAUUCUACCCUCUUCCAGUUUGGAUGACAACACAUCAAGGGAAACACUCUCACAGGACCCAACCUCUACUAUUCUCACUUCUCUUGGACUCCCCUUGCAUGACAGCCUAGACAGUGACGAAGAAGAGGUGGAUAUUCACUGCCACUCCGAUGGUGAUGAUGAACCAUUUGUUAAAGAAGAUCAAGUCAUUACUUGCAGAUUCAUCCACACUAUAUAUUCUAAAAUCAUCAAUAUCUCCUCCAUUUAUGGAAAGCAUGACCUCAUCCAGAGAAGAGAACUCUGGAACAUUCUCUCUUCACAUAGACCGACAGAUGAAAUGUGGAUAGUUGGUGGCGAUUUCAACGCCAUUACAAGCCUGGCUGAGCACAAGGGAAACUCUUCCCCCUGCAGCAGAAGUAUGGAAGAUUUCAAUGAAUGCAUUGAGGACAACUCCCUUCUCCCGGUUGACCCUUAUAGGGGCUGGUUUACCUGGAGUGGUAUAAGAGGACAAGGUAGAGUUUGGCGUAGGCUGGAUAGGAUCCUUAUCAAUAGUUGUGUUUUAGCUACCUUUGAUGAAAUCAACUGCAGGCAUCUCAGUAGAACUGGAUCUGACCAUAACCCUCUCCUCCUUGAGUGUACUCUUGCACACACAUCUACCCCAAAAUCCUUCAGAAUCCUUCAACCCUGGCUCUCUCACCCAACCUUUCUGGACCUGGUCUCCAAGUUCUGGAAAUCUACCCCUACCUCAGGAGGAAUGAGAGGUUUAUGCAACAAGCUACAAGGAUUAAAAGGAGCCCUUAGAGAGUGGAACAAGAACAUUUUUGGAGACAUUUUCUUGGCAGUCAAACAAGCUGAAGAAGAAACCCUAGCCGCAGAACUGGCAUUUGAUGUAACGCCAUCAGAACUUAAUAGAGAAACCUGGUCCAAAUCCAAAGCAAAACUCAUCUUGGCAACCAACAAAGAGGUUGAAUUCUGGAAACAAAAGGCUAAUAUUAGAUGGAUGGAGAAAGGUGACUCCAACUCCAAAUUCUUCCAUUCGUAUGUUAAAGGAAGGAAGCAUAAGCUAACAAUCAAGCACAUUAAAUCCCAAGAGGGCAAAAACCUUACCCAGCCCCAUGAUAUCCAAAAAGAAGCAGUCAGCCACUUCUCCAGCAUUUUCUCCAAAUCUANAUUACUCCUCGAUGGGCCAUUACCCACACCAGACAACACAAUCACCCAACACCUUCUCUCCUAGUGGACAACAGCAAAAGGAAAAGGGUUCGAGGGGAAUCUAAAGGCAGUGGUACCUGGAUUCAUCGCAUGGGCCUUAUGGAAGAACCACAACUCAGCUCUCUAUGAAGGUACUCAAAACAAUGCCCAUCACCUACUCAAAACCAUCCACUCCCUAAUCCAAAAAUGGUGCUGGAUAAAUCGGAAGAAAAAAUGGCUGAUCAAAGG